AUGGCAGAAGAGUUCGACGAAUCCGAGGUUGUGUUUAACUUUUGCGACGAAGUCGGCGGCGGCGGCGAUUUCCAGUUGAAUUCGAAGGAAUUCAAGAGGAAGAAGAUGAAGAGUGUUAAGAAGCAGAACUCGACGGCGGUUCCGGUGAGUAUCCCGGAGAACGUGUCGUGGUUGCGGUACGAUUUGGAAGACUGCGGCGGCGGCGACGGAGAGAUGGUGCCGCCGCACGUAAUAUUGGGGCGGCGCGUGGCCGGGAAGAUGAUGGCCUUCUCCGUUUGUACGGGCAACGGGAGGACUCUCAAGGGACGGGAUUUGAGCCAAGUCCGUAACUCCAUUCUCCGCCUCACCGGCUUUCUCGAAACGUGA